AUGUCCAACAAGAUACUAAACAUAGCCGACCUCCAGGAGUCAGCUUCCAACUCCCUCCCCGUUUCCGUGAGAGAUUUCUUCAAUUCUGGCGCAACAAACCAAGUCACACUCCACGACAAUUACACCGCUUAUGGAAAGUACCGGCUCCUCCCCAGAGUCCUAAAAGAUGUCUCCAAAGUCAACACAAGCAUCUCCCUCUUCGGCCGAGACAUCCUCUUCCCACUCUGUGCCUCACCCGCCGGAUUGCAAGUUCUGGCCCACCCGGACGGAGAACUAGCAACCAGCAGAGCAUGUGCAAAGACAGGGGUGAACAUGGGUGUAUCUUCCUACACCGGUAAUCCAGUCGAGCAGAUCACCGAAGCAGGAAACGAAGUGGGACCCAUCAACCACGUCAUGCAGCUCUACUCAAUGAACGACAAAGCUAAACAAGAACGUAUUGUCCGUCGGGCCGAGGCUGCAGGUUGCAAAGCAAUCUUUCUGACAGCCGAUAGUCCUGUUCUCGGUGUCCGCUGGAAUGAAUGGCGGAGUGGAUUCAAGCCUCCACCUGGUAUUGGGUAUCCGAUGUAUGAGAAGACAUCGGAUGAGAUCCAAGCGCAAUCCCAUGAUGAUGGGUUUACUUCUACUAAUUCGGAUUCGCAUUCUUGGGCUACGGAGAUCCCGUGGUUGCGUAGUAUUACCAAGAUGGAGGUUUGGAUUAAGGGUGUUCUUACGCCGGAGGAUGUUGAGACUGCUGUUGAAUAUGGCUGUGAUGGUGUUAUUAUCAGCAAUCAUGGUGGGAGGCAGCUUGAUGAGACGCCCGCUACUAUUGAUGCUCUUCCGGCUUGUGCUAAGGUUGCACGGGGUCGGAUUAGGAUUCAUAUUGAUGGUGGCAUUCGGUCUGGGGCUGAUAUUUUCAAGGCUCUGGCUCUCGGCGCGGAGUGUUGCUGGGUCGGUCGUCCUGUGCUUUGGGGGCUAGCACAUGGUGGUCAACAGGGCGUCGAGCUGAUGUUUAAGAUUUUGUACGACGACUUCAAGCGAUGCAUGCAGCUUACAGGCUGUAAGUCAGUUUCGGAGAUUCGCCCUGAACUUCUGGCUAUUGUCAAUGCCCACGGGCCAUUAGCUAGGCUUAACCAUAAGAAACACGACUCAAUCAACUCAGUUGACAGCAUGAAAUCCGAAAAGGACCUACUCGUCGAUAUGGUCGAGAUUUAUGAUACUGAGAACAAUGGCGUUGUUCCCAACCACCUUGGUUGCAAGAGACAAGGACGCCCCUGUCUAGCUCGGUUCCUACGGAAGGGUAUUUGCGCCUUUAUACUCACCGGACUGGCAAUUUACUUCUUCGGCUUCCCAUACAACACCCCGUCGGUCACUGCGCCCUCCCCGCACCCCGAGGCUUCCCCGCUUUGUACAUCGGAGGAAUGCGUACAUGCUGCGUCCGAGAUCCUGUACAGCCUGGAUCCCAACUACGAGAAGGUUGAUCCAUGCACUGACUUCGAUCAAUAUGUCUGCGGUGGAUGGCGGGAGAACCAUGACAUGCGCCCCGAUCAGGGAUCCAUCUUUGCUGGUACAAUCAUGGAAGAGAACGCGCAAACUCGGCUUCGCCAUAUUUUAGAGCGCUCGGAAGCGCCUCAGCCUGUCGAUGCUGAUAACUUCAAGAAGCUGAAAGCUGCGUAUGAUGCUUGUUUGGAUGAGCCUGCUAUCAGCAAACGAGGCACUAAGCCUUUGGCUGAUAUACUAGACGAACUCAAGAACAUCUAUUUUGCGGAAACUGGACUUGUCAAGGGAGCUCAAGAUCAUCUCACAAGUGCCAUCUUAUAUCUUCUGAACACUGGUGUUGAGGCCCUGGCUUCCCCGGGUGUUACUCCCGACGACAAAGACCCAGAUAAUGUCGUUGUCUUUAUUACUCCUCCUCGGGAAAUCGGACUUCCGGCAAGAGAAUAUUACAAUAACACGAAGAUUGUGGCUGACUAUACCUCUGCUUUCAAGCAAGUUAUUCAGAGAUUUGCUGGAGACGGGCACGACAAAGUCGUUGAAGACGUCGUUGCUUUUGAGAGCAAGCUCGCAGAUGUGACUCCUGAUACACAGACUCAGGAAGACGUUACCAAAUAUUACAACCCCCUUAGCAUCAAGGAGACCGACGCGUUGGUUCCAGAGAUUUCUUUCGCCGAUAUCAUCACAUCUCUUGCAUCGCACGAUUACAAGGGAGACCGCGUGAUUGUUGGGUCGCCUCCUUAUAUGAAGGCAUUGUCUGGGAUCUUGAAGGAUACCCCCAGAGAAACGGUCUUGCUUUUCCUGCAGUGGAAGCUUAUCCAGGCCUUCGAAGGUGCCAUUGAAGAUGGCGCGAUUGAGCCUCUUCGUCAAUUCAAGAAUGAACUCGCCGGCAAAGAACCCCAGGCCAAGCAAGAGCGGUGGCGCAAGUGUCUUGCUCGCCUAGAUGAGGGACUUGGAUGGAGUCUCAGCCGAUUCUACGUUCUGGACUCCUUCCCCGAAGAUUCCAAGAAACUUGGUGACCAGAUCGUAUCUGAUAUCAAGGAGCGAUUCAUCUUCACCUUGGACCAGACUAACUGGAUGUCCCCGGAUGUGCGCAGGCUUGGUAUCCAGAAGGUUGAGAAUAUUAUCCAGAAGAUCGGUUUCCCUACCAAGAGCCCUGAUGUUACGGACCCCGAGGACGUGAAGAAAUUCUACCGCGACCUGGAAGUGGCGAAAGACACUUUCUUCGAGAAUGAGGUGGCUGUGGCUAGAUUUGAUCUUCACAACGAAUGGGCUAAGCUUGGAAAGCCCACUAACCGCGAUGAGUGGGAUAUGACUGCGCCAACAGUCAACGCCUAUUACAAUCCUCCUGGCAAUGAAAUUGUCUUCCCUGCCGGCAUCAUGCAGGCGCCGACUUUCUAUGGACCCUCCGCCCCACUUUACCUUUCCUAUGGCGCGUUCGGUUCCGUCAGUGGUCACGAGUUGUCACACGCAUUUGAUUCCACCGGUCGUCACUACGACGAGAAUGGAAACUACACAAACUGGUGGGAUGACAAGACCGUUGAGGGCUUCGAGGAGCGCGCCCAAUGCUUCGUCGACCAGUAUGGCAACUACACCGUCACAGGCCCCGAUGGCAAGGUUCUCCACGUGAAUGGGCGAUUGACAUUAGGCGAGAACAUCGCCGAUGCAGGUGGUCUCACCGCUUCGUUCCAUGCAUGGAAGAAGCAUGAUGAGGCGAAGCCUGACGUUCUUUUGCCUGGCCUGGAAGCUUUCACCAAGGAACAAUUGUUCUUUAUCUCAUACGGUAACUGGUGGUGUGGGAAAACGACCAAGGAGGCAGCUGAGCAGGCGAUCUACAAUGAUCCCCAUGCGCCCAAGUCAGCUCGCAAUAUUGAAACUAUGGCCAACUCCCGGGAGUUCAGAGAUGCCUUUAGUUGCCCGGAGCGCAAGCCAGUUUGCAAACUGUGGUAG